ACUCCCGCCGACCGUGCACUACGACAUGCGCGUGCGACAUGGGUAAUGUGCAGUGCUGCGCCAGCGGACGCUUCCGAAAAGGAAAGCCCCCGAAGGAGCCGAAGAACAAAAAAAAUAAACUGAAACCAACGAAGGAUUGUAAAAAGAAAAACGGUGUAAGUGGUGGUGGUACAGGCGACCAAGGUGUUAAAAAAGUGAUAACCGUGGCAGAAGACGGAUCUGAAAGGGCUGCGCCGGUGGAAACGCUGGCGCAAGCUACUUCGCCCGCCGCAGAUACAUCUUCUGCGGCUCCUUUACAAGACCCGCAGCCGCAAAUUGACUAUAUAAAUGCUAAUGAAACAGAUUCUCCGCGCGGCGAAAGUAUGACAACCGCCAGGGAGCGAUUCUUCGGACAGGUACGUUCGGAAGAGUCCCUUCUUGCACCAGAAAAGGCUUCAAAAACUGCACGAUGGAUACCGGAGUUCAACCUCGAUGGCAGCAGCAGCCUGAAACACAACGGAAGCGCCAAAGAUCUAGCUUCCGUUAUGGAGAAUUUCAAGAAAAUAUCCCAGAAUCAGUUAAACACUCAAGUUACCAGCUCUUCUUCCCAACAGAUGGUAUCCAGUACAACAUCCAGUAGCGCUGCGACAAGUCAGAGGAUGCAAAGUUCUUCACAGCGCCUCCAGAUGGCAAAAACUUCCGAGAUGAAAGCAAGCUCAAUGAAAUCCGAUCUCUCCGAACUCAAGAGCUCUAUUUCAGAAAUGAAAAACAUUAGGAACUCUGCAAUUAACUUUACGCAAAGACUAAGAAGCUCAAUGGAGAACAUAGUAGACCAAGAUGAUUUGGGGGAGCAACAUUUGCCUGAUAUUCAUGAAAUUGGUGACAUGGGUGAUAUUAGUGAUAUGGGAGAGCAUACAGGAGAAGGUCCCCUAGUUACAUUCCCUGAGUCUGACACCCCACCACCUGUUGGUGACAUGCCUCUACUAUCUGCCAGUUCUGCCUCUAUUGGUUCGAGUUCGGCAAAUGAAUUGAAAUACAGUGCUGCCAGAGUGUCUUCAGCUAGUUCCACAAGGGUUGUCACUGAUGGUUUCAGUGCUUCUAGGUCUGAAGCCAACAGUGCCAGGAUGAGAAGUUUGAAACAUGGAGAUUUAAGAUACGCCGAGAGAAGCGCUGCUGGAGCAUCACACAGACUUUUACAAGCAGAAGGCUUAACUGCAGAACAGAAAGAUGCCUAUCUUCAGGAGCAAAGAUCCUUGAAAGCUGGAGAAGUGACAGCUAAAGAAGCGAAUAACAUGGCGGCCUCGAGUUCUCGAUUGCACACGGAGGAAUUUAGCGCCGAGAAAAAGGCUAUGGCUACAGCUCAAGCCCGACAAACUGUCACAUCUAGCGGCAUGUUCAGUCAUAAGGAGCGUUCCAGUGUCGCCCACUCUAACAUGACGAUCUCCAGCAAAAAUCUUUCAACAAAAUCAAUGUUAUUGUCCUCACAGAUGAGUCAGCUGUUAAAUGGAACAAUUAAGCCUGGAGAUGAGGAUUUAACGAAUUUAACGUUCGAAGAUUUGGAUAAGUUGAACGCAAAUUCAAAUUCAAAGGAUGUCGAUACGGCAAUCCAAAAGUACUGCUCUCGAAUGAACGCCUUCAUCACGUCAAUAAAAAAUAACCAAAUGGAUAUGAAAAAUGCGUCUGCGAAUUUUAAUAAAUUGAACGAAAUGUUAAGAAGGGCAUGGGCAGUGCCAACGUACGGACACGAACUCGGAUAUUCCCUUUGCAAUACUCUGAGAACAUCUGGUGGCCUUGAUAUUUUGAUGGCGAACUGCUUAGAAACAAAUAAUAAAGAUUUACAGUUUUCGUCAGCAAAGCUUCUUGAACAGUGCCUCACUACAGAAAACCGGGCACAUGUCGUGGAAAAUGGCCUCGAGAAAGUUGUAAACGUUGCCAACAUAUGUACAAAAAACUCAAAUGUUGACCAUUCAAGAAUCGGCACAGGAAUUUUAGAACACUUGUUUAAACAUAGCGAAGGCACAUGCAGUGAAGUAAUUAAGCUUGGCGGAUUAGACUCUGUAUUGUUUGAAUGUAGACAAAAUGAUGUGGAUACCCUUAGACAUUGCGCAACUGCGCUCGCAAACCUGUCGUUGUAUGGAGGGGCGGAAAAUCAAGAACAAAUGAUCAAGAGAAAAGUGCCCAUGUGGCUGUUUCCAUUAGCCUUUCAUAAUGAUGAUAAUAUCAAAUAUUACGCAUGUUUAGCCAUUGCAGUAUUGGUGGCUAACAAAGAAAUUGAGGCAGCCGUUUUAAAAUCUGGAACGUUAGAUUUAGUUGAGCCUUUCGUGACAUCGCACAAUCCGUCAGAAUUUGCUCGUUCAAAUCUUGCACACGCUCACGGGCAAAGCAAAAACUGGCUACAGAGGCUUGUCCCAGUAUUAAGUUCAAAGAGGGAGGAGGCGAGAAAUUUAGCAGCUUUCCAUUUCUGUAUGGAAGCCGGAAUCAAAAAACAACAAGGGAAUACAGAAAUAUUCAGAGAAAUCGGAGCGAUAGAAUCUUUAAAGAAAGUUGCUAGCUGUCCAAAUGCUAUAGCCUCUAAGUACGCCGCUCAAGCAUUGCGCCUUAUUGGAGAAGAGGUACCACACAAAUUGUCACAGCAAGUACCACUUUGGUCAAUAGAAGAUGUACGGGAAUGGGUUAAACAAAUAGGUUUCGCCGAAUAUGCGAACAACUUUUACGAGAGUCGGGUUGAUGGAGAUUUAUUACUGCAAAUAACAGAGGAAAAUCUCAAAGAGGACAUUGGUCUACAAAAUGGAAUCAAACGUAAAAGAUUCACAAGAGAGCUUCAUCUACUUAAGAAGAUGGCAGACUACACUUCCCGCGACACAAGUAGUUUGAAUGAGUUUCUGCAAGGCAUUGGCCCUGAAUACACCAUAUAUACCUACUCCAUGCUGAACGCUGGUGUAGACAAGGAAUCCAUCCGCAAGCUUAACGAGGAGCAACUUGAAAAGGAAUGUCGUAUAUCUAACAGUAUUCACCGAAAACGCAUUCUCAACGCUAUCACAGCGUAUGAAAGCAGUCUACCGAGCAAAGGUGAAGAGAUUAUGGAGAAGAACCUAGAUGUAUUUGUGAGUUAUCGACGGUCAAAUGGAUCACAAUUGGCUAGUCUGCUGAAGGUCCACUUGCAACUGCGAGGAUUCUCCGUGUUCAUCGAUGUCGAACGACUUGAAGCUGGAAAAUUCGACAACAACCUGCUCCAGAGUAUAAGACAGGCAAAACACUUUUUGCUUGUCCUGACACCAUAUGCUCUGGAUAGGUGCAAGCAUGACAAUGAACAAAAAGAUUGGGUCCAUCGGGAGAUAGUGGCAGCGUUGCAAUCACAGUGUAAUAUUGUACCAAUUAUCGAUAACUUCGAGUGGCCGGAACCAGAACACCUACCCGAGGACAUGCGAGCCGUUUGUCAUUUUAAUGGCGUGAGGUGGAUACACGAUUACCAAGAUGCAUGCGUGGAUAAAGUGGAGAGCUUUCUACGCGGAAAGUCCAACCUUACUCGUUUGGACGGUGCUUUGAGAGGGCGAAGUGACGUACCAACCCCAGGAACUGCAGCUAUCGGCCGAGGCCAACCCAGCUUCCAACGCAUGACCUCUUGUGAAAGUAGAGGAAGCGAUAAAGCAGAUUGACUAGAACUAAUGCACACCCUGCCGCCUGUUAGACCGCGAAGAAGUCGCAGAUCAUCCAUGAAAAAAUCUUCACAUGCUAUUACACAGAGCUGUGAUCAAUUACCCUCUAGCAGCAUAUCAUCAGAUACUGCAUCUCCAGAAAAAUGCUUAUAUAACUUACCCGAAAGACUGGCUGAAAGUAGUAAUACCUUAAAUGCCAUCGAAC